CGCAGCGGAAAUACAAGAUGAAAAUCACGUUUGCUUUAGUAGCAAUUAUUCUUGCUUGCGUCAACAUUUACUGCGUCGAUGGCAAAGCAAAAAAAACUACGCAAUUAUCUCUCCAAAGUAAAGAAACAAACGUAGUAAACUUCAUGAGAUUACUCGUGUUGAGGCUGGUUUUUGGAGUUGCGUCGGCCAUGGGACUUGGUGAAAAUCUUUCGAGUCUACUUGGAGGAAUUUUCGUACCACCCGGAGCGGAUGAUUACGGUGAUUACGGUGAUGACGAUUAUGUACCGGACUUGUUUUAAAGCUUUCAUGCGUUACACAGUGCUUACUUAAAUCAUGAAGACAUACAGUGGCAUA